UCGACCGGUGCUUUUGUGCUUUGUUCCCUGUGGAUGUAUGCUUUGCGAGAGUUGACGCAGUCAACAAUUUUGACAGGUGUACAUUUCAAACUUGCGCAACGUGAGACUUUGCUUCAAUGAAAUUGGGGGUCAUUUAUUGUUUCGUAAUUCCGUUCGCACAAAGGCAUACUGAAACAAAAGAGACGGUGUGAAAACCCUCGUGUUUUGUUUUGGAGCUAAAAGACGUGAUGGAGAUACGGCUUCGAGAUCGAAGCAAUAAGGUGCGAUAUGAAUUCCGAAGGGUGGCCCGUGAGGUCACCCAUGAGAUGUAUGAUGUCCCAGAAGACAAUCAGGUCCUCAUUGCCUACCAACCUGAGCGCCAGACCAGAGGCCCUUCACAGAUAAUGGAGCAGACGCAGCACACGCAGCACAAGUCAAGGUCAGGAGGUGGUCGAACACUGCAAGUAGCAUGUGGUGCCUUGUCUUUCAGCCUGGCUGAUCCAUCCAUGGCUGAAGCAGGUUCCAUGUUUGACAGCAGCUUUUACAACAUGAUCACAUUCCUGUUUGUAAAACCGGAUCAUCAGAGGAAAGGAGUGGGUCGACAGUUGAUCCAGGCGGCCCUUAAACAAAUGGCUGCCCAUGAGCCAAGUCGACCAGUGAGAGUGGAGAGUGCACUAGGUGCAGCUUACUUCUUUGAAAAGCUUGGCUUUGUUCGAGUUAGUUCACCAUAUGAGACUGUGUGUUCAGGUGCCAGGCUGUUUAGGUCAAUAGUUAAUAUGGAGCAUGAAGCUCCUAGAUGUGAUCCUUGAGUUCAGAACAGCAACUGUUCAUGGAUGAAGAGAUUAUGUAAUGUUGCUCAAGACAAUGCAUUGAGGAUGAAGAGGUUGCUGCCAACAUCAUCAUUUAUGGAUGAAGAGGUUAUAUGAUGUAACCGAGGACAGCAUCAUUGAUUGAUGAAGAGAUUAUAUGAUGUGACCGAGGACAGCACCAUAAGUGGAUGAAGUGUUUAUAUGAUGUGACCGACGACAUGUCGUCAUGUAAUCAUGUGGGUUAUAUUGUAGACUGGGACAUCUCUCAUGUCAACAAUAAUGGUACUUCAUCAAGUAUUGGUGAAAGUGUUUAAAUCAAAUUGUCUGGUAUGACAAAUGUGUUUUCAAACUGUUAUGAACAUGAUGACACUGAUGAAAUGAAUAUUUUCAAAUUGCUUUGAAAUACAUGUCUUCAUGUUACUUGUGUUUUAUAAACCAGGUGGAAAUUUG